AUGCCUUCCUGCAGCACAAUUGAUGCAGUGAAACAGAAGGAAUCACCCAGUGACGAUGCCGACACCUCUGCAUGUGCCGGGGAUGACCAUAACAUACAGGACACACCGCUUUCCACAAACCCAACUGGCAAAAAUUACCUGUAUCCGAUGAACUCGCAGUCAAACCUCCACCCACGCGCGUAUAAAGUACUGAAUCCACAGUUCCUGAAUCCGAUGUACGAACCAGCUGUUUCCUCUGCAGCUGAACUUCAGGCUGAUAGUCAGGGAGACGGUGGCAGUAACAAUAACGCACGUUUAGCCGCAGCUGAGGGCGGACAGACACUUGAAGUUACUGUAGGCGAUGACAAUAUUGAACCCAACUCACCAGAUGAGCUUCAGGCUGAUAACUGUGGCGGCAUUCAAGAGGACGAUGGUAGUGACAAUAACGAACAUGCAGCUGCAGCUGAGAGCGGAAAGACAGUCGAAGUUACCGUGAGUAAUGACAAUAUUGAACCCGACUCACCAGAUGAGCUUCAGGCUGAUAACUGUGAUGACAUUCUCCCUUACGCCGUUUUCUACGAGGAAACUGAUUGCAGUAACAACGGCGCAAGUUCAACUGCAGCUGAGAGCGGGAGGAAAAUCGAUCAAGAAGUUGGUGUUGAAAACAUUGAACCUUGUCCGGAUGACACGCCUAGCACGGAAAACACGCAUGAGAACAGCAACAACAACGUUGGGCAGCCGAAGACAACCGGUGAAUUGCUCACUGUUGAGGCCGAGGGCCAAACCGAGAAGCCAGACAAUAAAGACGGCCAGUCAACUCACACUGACCCGACUCCACCGGCCGUAAGCACGCGCCAAAAUUACUUUUCCGACUGUUCUGAGAUCCACACAGCCAAGAAUGGUUACGGUGGUGCAUCUGAUGGAGUUUACAAAAUACAACCUGUAGGUCUGUCCAGCCCGAUCUCUGUUUACUGUGAUCAGACCACAGAUGGGGGAGGGUGGACGGUCAUACAGAGGAGGUUUGACGGGUCUGUCGACUUUAACCGACCUUAUAACGCCUUUAGGUACGGGUUUGGGUCAGCCAAUGGGGAGCAGUGGUUGGGUUUGGAGAACAUGUACCGUUUGACAAAUCAGCACACGUAUACGCUGUACGUACAGUUGGAAGAUUGGAAUCGUGCGGUCAAGUACGCAAAGUAUUCGUCAUUCUCGGUGGGGAGUAGUUCCAACUAUCGUCUUUAUGUUAGUGGGUACAGUGGGACCGCUGGGGAUGGGUUCUCCUCUUCAUCAUCAUCUGUCUACCUCUCUGGUCAGCCCUUCAGUGCUAGGGAUGUAGACCGUGAUGCAAAGUCCAGCGGGUCCUGUGCUGGUGGUCUAAAUCUGAUCACGGGAGGGUGGUGGUACAAGAACUGUGGUAAGUCUGCCCUGAACGGCCCGUACCUGCGCCCCUCUGACUAUACCGGUUACAGUGGCUGGGGCAUAGCUUGGUACCCGUUUGGAGGCUCCUAUCGGUGCUAUCUGAAAAAGUCCAAAAUGAUGGUCCGCCCUGCCAACUUCCGACCGUAAGUUGCCAGACACUAACCCAGCUGACAGGUCGAGGAAUCAAAAUGUUUGACACAAACCAUUACCAUUACCCACACUCACUCUGUAUCAAUUUUCUUUAAAUAGGUCAUUCAAUCUUUAAACCUACUUAUUUGGUAAUUAUAAUCUCUACCUCACUCUGGUAAUCUUGGUAGAGGAAAUUAACACAUACAUACAUACUUACAUAAUACUCAGAGAGUUGAAGCAUUUAUAUAGUUCAGCUUUCAGCGUUUUCUAUCGUACAUCAUUUCGAUGCGUCCAUACCAGUCCCUUACUCAAUAAUGUCCUUUAGUGUAGACUGUAGAGUUUGGACGACCUCUUCUCAUCUUCGCGUCCGGAGACCAAAUAAGCAGUUUCCACCCGGUUCGCCAUGCCGAGUAACAUGGCCGGCUAGGCUUAACCUACGGCGCUUGACUACUGUAGUGAUUGGUGGAAGGGAGCCGUAGAGUUGUUUAUUAUUUGUAAAUUUCCACCAAGGUUUGUUCUGUAUGAACUGUAGCAUCUUUGAUAAAGGUACCAUCCAGUUUUCUGACCUGUGAAGCAUUCAUA